UACAGACGGAGCGAGCAGCAUGUGUGUGUGGAGGUGAGGGCGCGAGGCGGGCGGCGCGCCCCGGCCGCGGCCGCGCAUGGGCCCUCUCUACAGACUCAGGUUGCCGGUGGCGCGAUGGGUGUGGUGGUGCGUGGCCUGCUGCGGCGUGGCGCUGGCGGGCGCACCGCAGCUGUCCCCCUCGCUCGCGCCGCCCUGCCCUACAGAGUGCAUCUGUCUCUCUCAGUCACAGGUGGUGUGCAACAGCGCGCGGCUGCGCGGCGUGCCGGCGACGCUGGGCGCGGGCGUGGCGCAGCUGUCGCUGGCGCGCGCCGACCUGCGCGUGCUGCGCUCCGACGCCUUCGCCCACCUGCGCGCGCUGCGCCGCCUCACGCUCGACGCCUGCAACCUCACGCGCAUCCGCCCCUUCGCCUUCCGCGGCCUGCCCCGCCUCAAGGAGCUCUACAUCCAGCACACCCCCCUCGCCACCGUCGACGCCUUCGCCUUCGCCGCCCUCCAGAACAUCACCUCCAUCGUGCUCUCCCAUAACCGCAUCGCGCAGAUCGAAGGCUACGCGUUCGCCGGCACCAACUUCCUGCGGCUGAUCUCUCUCCGCAACAACCCGCUGCGGCGCGUCCUGGCGCACGCGUUCUCCGGGCUCGGCGACGUGGCGCAGAUCGAGCUGCCGUCCGGCAUCCGCGCCGUGGAGCCGCUCGCCUUCGCCGGGCUGGAGGGCGUGGGCUCGCUGGAGCUGGCCUACAUGGACCUGCCCGCGCUGCUGCCCGACACGUUCCGCGGGCUGCUGCGCGUGCGCCGCCUCGCGCUGCGCGACUCCGACCUGGGCGUGCUGCGCGCCGGCUGCUUCGACGGCCUGCAGCACGUGGAGCUGCUGGAGCUGUGCAACAACAAGAUCGACCGCGUGGAGGAGCUGGCGCUGGUGCAGAACAACAGCGUGCGCGCCUUCCGGCUCACCGGCAACCACAUGCUGGCGUCGCCCGAGGCCGUGACGCUGGAGGUGGAGGAGGCGGAGAUCAGCGGCAACCACCUGCCGUGCGAGUGCGGCCGCGACCCGCUCGACAACCCGCUGGCGCUCUCGCAGCAGUUCGCGCUGGACAACUACUGCAUCUCGCCGCUGAAGGUGCGCGGGCGCAGCCUGGCCAGCGCCAUGGGCGGCGCGUGCCGCGGCGAGGCGGGCGGGUCGGCCCGCGCGCGCGCCGCCGCCGCCGCCGGCCGCCCGCCCCCGCCAGCCGCCCACCGCGCACUUCUCGCCGCCGCCCUCGCCGCGCUCGCCACCUACUGACAGACGUGUUCAUUUAGUUUUCCUAACUGUAAAUAUUGUAUUAUAAGUAUGUUAUUAUGCAAGAUUUGACAUAAAAUCGGUCCGUUCUCUGAGUAUACGUUGGACCACAAAUAAAAUUUGCCUUUAAAAUUUUGUAUUAUUUUGUUGAUGGCGAUCGAUGGAGUAACCCUGUCGGAGCGAGCACUAAACUACAAAUUAACGAGCGACAACUGAUAUU